AGAGCAGGGCGGACACGUCACCACUCGCGGCGUCUUCCGAAGCAUUUCGUUCGCUUCCGCAGGGCCCCCGCCGGCGCGGCCCCGAGCUGCGAAACACUCGCGGGCUUUUCGGGCGAGCCGUAGGCGGCGGGAGACGCCGACCGUCAACCAGGGCGCGGACCUCCGCGCGUCAAAGAGCAAAGGCCACCGUCCAGGCUCUGCCGUUCCACACCGAGUCACCGUUGUUUGCGUGGCAAAUAGAGCAGCAGGCGUGCGUUUUCACCGCGUCUCGCCCUCGCUGCGUCCACACCGCUGCCACAGCUUGUCGGGAGGACGGCCGAUCAUGGGACCGCGAACAGGACAGCGCGAGUGUCUCUCAGCCACAGAAGAGAACACACACACACACACACACACACACACUCAUGAUACGUGUGCGGUCAAAGACGUGGGACCCGCAGGCAGCACAGAGAGAGAGAGAAGAUUAAACACACGGAGACUAUAUUUCUCUACAGGAACGCAGAGACCCCGGUUCUCCUGCAGAAUGCUGUCCAGUAAGAAGUCGGAGGCAGGGUCUUCGUCAUCAUCGACGACCUCCGGAGCGGGUGAGAGGGCCCCUGACCCCCCGGUAUCAGCCCAGCUGGGGCCCCCCAACUCAGCUGCCGGAGCCUCUGAAGGCGGAGGUUCCAGUGACCGCUCUCUGAAGAAGAAGGAGCGGGCCUCCCCCAGCGGAGAGCCGGGUGGACCCCCACUUUCUCACACGCCGAGCUCGGCGGGGGCAGACCAGGACUCGGCAGAGGGCCGUCGGACCAGUCGACGGAAGAGAGCGAAAGUGGAAUACCGGGAGAUGGACGAGAGCCUGGCCAAUCUCUCUGAGGAUGAGUAUUACUCAGAAGAGGAGCGCAACGCCAAGGCAGAGAAGGAGCGCAAGCAGGUCCCUCCACCCCCAGCCCCACCCAUGGAGGAAGAGAAUGACAGUGAACCUGAGGAGCCCUCUGGUGUGGAGGGUGCCGCCUUCCAGAGCCGGCUGCCCCAUGACCGCAUGACCUCCCAGGAAGCCGCCUGCUUUCCUGACAUCAUCAGCGGACCCCAGCAGACGCAGAAAGUGUUUCUGUACAUCCGCAACCGCACGCUUCAGCUGUGGUUGGACAACCCCAAAAUCCAGCUGACGUACGAAGCGACGGUCCAGCAGCUCGAAGCUCCUUAUAACAGUGACAAAAUGCUGGUGCACAGGAUCCACAGCUACCUGGAGAGGCACGGCCUAAUUAACUUUGGCGUCUACAAGAGAGUCAAGCCCCUUCCUACCAAGAAGACCGGGAAGGUGAUCGUCAUUGGAGGUGGUGUGUCGGGGUUGGCAGCGGCACGGCAACUGCAGAGCUUUGGAAUGGACGUGACAGUGCUGGAGGCCCGGGACCGUGUUGGAGGACGAGUGGCCACCUUCCGCAAGGGGAACUAUGUAGCUGACUUGGGAGCCAUGGUGGUUACCGGACUGGGUGGCAAUCCCAUGGCGGUGGUGAGCAAGCAGGUGAACAUGGAGCUGGCCAAAAUCAAACAGAAGUGCCCCCUGUACGAGGCCAACGGCCAAGCGGGCGAGAGGUGCACAAGCGUGCCAAAGGAGAAAGAUGAGAUGGUGGAGCAGGAGUUCAACCGCCUGCUUGAGGCCACAUCCUACCUCAGCCACCAGCUGGACUUCAACUUCCUCAACAACAAGCCUGUGUCACUGGGCCAGGCACUGGAGGUGGUCAUUCAGUUGCAGGAAAAACAUGUGAAGGAUGAACAGAUUGAACACUGGAAGAAAAUAGUGAAGACACAGGAGGAGCUGAAGGAAGUGCUAAAUAAGAUGGUGGCCACCAAGGAGAAGGUGAAGGAGCUCCACCAGCAGUACAAGGAGGCUUGUGAGGUGAAGCCUCCCAGGGACAUCACUGCUGAGUUCCUGGUCAAGAGCAAACACCGUGAUCUGACCGCUCUCUGCAAGGAGUACGAUGAAUUGGCAGAGACGCAGGCUAAGCUGGAGGAGAAGCUGCAGGAGCUGGAGGCGAACCCACCCAGCGACGUGUACCUGUCCUCUCGGGACAGACAGAUUCUCGACUGGCACUUUGCCAACCUGGAGUUUGCCAAUGCCACGCCCCUCUCUACCCUGUCCCUCAAGCACUGGGACCAGGACGAUGACUUUGAAUUCACGGGCAGCCACCUGACGGUGCGGAAUGGCUACUCCUGCGUCCCGGUGGCCCUCGCCGAGGGGCUGGACAUCAAGCUGAACACAGCUGUGCGUCAGGUCCGGUACACCGCUUCUGGUUGUGAGGUCAUUGCAGUGAACACUCGCUCCACCACGCAGACCUUCAUCUACAAGUGUGACGCAGUGCUGUGCACACUGCCUCUGGGGGUGAUGAAGCAGCAGCCCCCUGCAGUGCAGUUUGUGCCCCCCCUUCCCGAGUGGAAAACUUCGGCCAUCCAGAGGAUGGGCUUUGGCAACCUGAACAAGGUGGUGCUGUGUUUUGACCGUGUCUUUUGGGACCCCAGCGUCAACCUGUUUGGGCAUGUGGGAAGCACCACUGCCAGCCGAGGGGAGCUGUUCCUCUUCUGGAAUCUAUACAAGGCACCCAUCCUGCUGGCCUUGAUGGCAGGUGAGGCUGCAGGUAUCAUGGAGAACAUUAGUGAUGAUGUCAUCGUGGGCCGCUGCUUGGCCAUCCUGAAGGGCAUCUUUGGGAGCAGCGCGGUGCCCCAGCCCAAGGAAACAGUGGUGACGCGCUGGAGGGCGGAUCCCUGGGCCCGGGGCUCCUACUCCUACGUGGCGGCCGGCUCCUCAGGCAACGACUACGACCUGAUGGCCCAGCCCAUAACCCCUGGCCCAGCCAUCCCAGGAGCCUCACAGCCCGUUCCUCGGCUCUUCUUUGCCGGGGAACACACCAUACGCAACUACCCGGCUACUGUGCACGGCGCGCUGCUGAGUGGUCUGCGGGAGGCGGGCCGCAUCGCUGACCAGUUCCUGGGUGCCAUGUACACCCUGCCCCGCCAGGCCACGCCCACUGUCAAUCCACAGCCCUCCCCCAGCCUGUAGGUCCUGCUAUCAGCUGCCAUUAUUGACUCUGAACAUGCAGAGCCUUUUUCAGCAGUGCUUUCGACGCACCCUACGCCACCCUGGAUGGAACACGCAGCGUUGCGAAUGGAGAAAUCCGGUGCGGUGGAAGUGCAUUAGGCAAGGGACGUGACCCCCCCCCCCAUGGUGUCAUUCAUUGCGCAUGGCCAGUGGUCAGAGAGCAUGUCAGAUGCUCCCCGGUGUCCUUCACUGUCCUCAGUUCAGUCAUGUUACUGCAGCCUGGAUUCAUACUUUUUUUGGGAUUUAGUCGAGCAGAAUGUGGAAGUAGCCAGUUUAGCGUUUGUCACGCCACGUUAGAAAUGAAGUGCAGUUGGCAUUCAUCCUUGCUGGAUACUUUAUACUUUAAUUUUGUGUACAAAUAAAAGGAGAGAAGGACCAGGCUGUGUCCUCGAUGUUGGAAAAGGGGAAACGAGUACGGAGCAGAACCAGACACCUUCAAGAGUGACUUAAACAAUGUCUGUCUUUUAUUUGACUAUUUAGUUGCUGUACAGUACAAGUUGCAGGUGCCGAGAUCUACAUGCAGAGCAGGGAGGUCCACAUGCAGGAUGGGGGAGGGACAUAAGGUUCAGAUCUAAAGUGCUCUGGCCGCUACUCCACAGGAGGUUGAGAGCAGGGGUCGUGCUGCUGGCUUGUGGAGGCACCCACCCAUGGGUGGGCAUGGGUAUGUACAAGACCAUUGUCAUUCUUUAGCAGCUCACUAUGUCCAGCCAUGGAAGGAAUAAACAGAGGAAAAAGAGCCUCA